CAUGAGACCAUCAAGAAUCCCUUGGAUUCUACUCGUACUAACUUUUGCAUGGAUGACUUCCGCUGCUUCGACCACAAACCAAACCUACAUAGAGAACGAGAAUUCUCUUUGGUAUGAAAUUGGAGAAGUAACAGGCAUGCUACUAAAAACGUGCCUUGAUGUAGCCGCCACCACGAAAACAAGAAUCGAGUUCUCUGAUGUCUUCCAAAAUUGUCUGAGACGUAAAAGUUUGCUUGUUCUGAAUAGAUCGUUAAGGGCAGACGUUAUAAGUGUCGGCAAUGGGAUUCAAUUGGUGAAAUGUAGAGAUGCGAAUUUGACGCAAUUCGACAGAUACAACGGUAGAGGUCGUUUCAUAAGAGAUCAAGUGGAUUGGAACAACGAAGUUUCUCAGAAGCUGUACGAUUUAUUUGAUACACAUGAGCUAAAGAUCAAUUUAAACAGUGAUGAUGAAGUACAAGCAAGACAUAGAGAUGACACCGUCUUUUCUCAAAUUUCAGGCCGUCGACGGAAAGACAACAUGAUGGUAUCCUUGCUUGUAUUCGCCAUAAUUGCCGUUGGUUUGAUAGUAAUUCCGAUGGGCUUCCAAUUCCUCGCCGUGCUCGGAGGAAAAGCCUUGCUUCUAGCCAAACUGGCCCUUAUACUCUCCUCCAUACAGGGUUUGAAGAAGAUUGCGACCAGCAGUUUGAAUUACGGCCUCUACACUCACCACUCGGCGCCCGGAAAUCCAUGGGAUGGAGAGGAAAAGUGGAAUUAUCCCCAUUUUUCGAGUAGCGGAAUGUCGCAAGGAUACAAUUACCCUCAGCCUCACCAAGACCCGAUGAUGUACCACAAAAACUCCUAUAAACGAAACGACGAUGUCUGAAAUUACAGGAUGAUAACAAUA